AGCGGCGAAAGCGAGGCUCGGCAAAGGCGGGAGGCCUGACGUACCUGCUGCUGAAUAAUUUCUACAUUCAGAAUCACUUGAUUAUAUGGUCCAGAAUAAAUGAAUCAUAAUGAAGAAACUAUGAAGAAAACCAGUGCAGUGAACCUUGAUAAACUUUUAGAUGACUUCUCAGAGAUAGAAAAGAAAAUAUCAGAAAUUAAUGAAGCAAAUAGCCUACUGAUCCAUCAGCUGGAAAAAUGUAACAGAUUGCUAACAUUAAGCCAAUCAAAGGAGGAAUCAGUAAAAGAGGAAUGCAGUACUCUACAGAAUGUGAUAAAGGGUCUAACACAAACCAUUGAAAACCAGUGUAACGUGAAAGAUGAAAAUGAUAGACUGAAGGGAACCAUUCACAUCUUGGAAGAUAAAUUAAAGACUUGUGAACAGGAAUAUAAAGAUCAAAUUGAGAAACUCAUGAUAGAACUUAAAAACAAAGAGGAAGACCACAAAUUAGAAAUAACACAGUUGAAUUGCGAUAUAAGGAAAAAAUUUGAAGUAAAAGAAAUGGAGUAUAGAGAACAGAGAGAGAAAAAAGAACUGGAAAUAUUAGAGCUAACUAGACAGCUGAAAAUUCAAAAUGAAGAGAAGCAGAAUGAAAUAAUUAAACUGCAGAUAGAGUUCAAUGCUAAAUUGGCACGAGCUCAGGACAAAACCACCAAAUCCUUUCCAGAUGCUUCAGUCUUGCCACAAAGUAUCUAUCGAAGGAAGCUGCAGCAUCUCCAGGAGGAGAAAAACAAGGAAAUUGAAAUUCUCCGAAAUACAAUAAGAGACUUGGAGCAACGUCUUAAUAAAGGCCAAGACCUGCCCUUCAAACGGAGAAGAUUCUGA